UUUGAGGACAUUGCCCUGUACUUCUCCUGGGAGGAAUGGAAACUCCUUGAUGAGGCUCAGAGACGGCUGUACCAUGAUGUGAUGCUAGAGAACUUUGCACUUAUAUCCUCACUGGGUUUCUGGAGUGCAGAAGAGAAUGUUGAGGCAUCAUUUGAACAGAGUGUUUCUGUGGUAAUGUCACAGGCCAGGACUUCCAAGGAACCUUUGUCUUCCCAGAAGACUGACCCCUGUGAGAUGUGUGGUCCAUUCUUUAGAAAAAUUUUCCAUUUGACUGAGCAGCAGGGAACACAACACAGCCAGAAACUAUUCAAGUGUGGAGCAUGUGCAAAAGGAUUUUAUUUCACUGCAGACCCUCAACAGCACCAGGAGCAGCACAUGCGAGAAAAUCCAUUCAUAAUCAGUGUGGACAGGACCUCAUUUGUGAAGAGCAGCAAUUUCCAUGUGUCAGGGGAGCCUAUUACCUACAAUAAAGUUGGGGAGGACUUGCUAGCCACCUCAGGACAUCUAAAGCAACAGGCCAUUCACAAUGGGGUGAAACCAAACACAAUCACCCACUGCAUGGAAACUUUACAAAGCAGGAAAAGCCAUUGUACCAAGGGAGAAUGCAAGAAAGCCUUCAGCCCCAAACACACAUUUGUUCAGGAGCAGAGCAUGCACACUGAAAGACAGUGUUUUGUGUGCAGUGAAUGUGGGAAAACAUUCAAAUAUAAAUCCUCAUUUGUUGUGCACCAGAGAGUCCACACUGGUGACAGGCUUCAUGACUGUGGCGACUGUGGAAAAUCUUUUAGGGGAAGCUCAGCCCUCAUUCAACAUCAAAGAAUUCAUACUGGGGCAAAGCAGUACACGUGCAGCAAAUGUGGAAAAUCCUUUAGCCAAGAAUUUGUCCUUAUUUAUCCUCAGAGGAGUCACACUGGAGAAAAUUGCCACAUAUGCCAUCAUUGUGCACAGUCUUUUAGCCAUAGCUCCAUCUUUAUUCAGCAACAGACAGUUCACACUGGAGAAAUGAGUUAUGAGUGCACUGAAUGCAGGAAGUCCUUUAGAAGAAAAUCUGACCUCAUUGAACACCAGAGGGUUCAUACAGGAGAAAGGCCUUAUGAGUGCAGUGAAUGUGGGAAAUCUUUUACUUCUAGCUCUGUCCUCCGUUAUCAUCAGAGGGUUCACACUGGAGAAAAGCCUUACAAAUGUGGGGAAUGUGGGAAGUCUUUUACCUCUAGCUCUGGCCUACGUUAUCAUCAGAGAAUUCACACAGGAGAAAGGCCAUAUGAGUGUACAGAUUGUGGAAAGUCUUUUACACAAAUAAAUCACCUCAUCAUACACCGAAGAGUUCACACAGGAGAGAAGCCUUAUGAAUGUAGUGAAUGUGGGAAAUCCUUUAGCCACAAAUCUUACCUAUCUCAACACCAGAGAGUUCACACUGGAGAAAGGCCUUAUGAAUGUAGUGAAUGUGGGAAAUCUUUUACCUCUGGUUCUGCCCUCUGUUAUCAUCAGAGAGUUCACACAGGAGAAAAACCUUAUGAGUGCAGUGAAUGUGGGAAGUCCUUUACCAAUGGACCAAUACUCAUUCGACACCGUAGAGUUCACACAGGAGAAAGGCCUUAUGAGUGCAGUGAAUGUGGGAAAUCCUUUACCCAAAGAAAUCACCUCAAUAUACACCAGAGAGUUCACACAGGAGAAAGGCCUUAUGAGUGCAGUGAAUGUGGGAAAUCUUUUACCUCCGGCUCUGCCCUUCGUUAUCAUCAGAAAAUUCAUAUUGGAGAAAGGCCUUACGAGUGCAGUGAAUGUGAGAAGUCUUUUACCUCUAGCUCUGCCCUCCGUUGUCAUCAGAGAGUUCACACAGGAGAAAGGCCUUUUGACUGCAGUGAAUGUGGGAAGUCUUUUAGGGAUAGUUCCCAAUUAAAUCAACACCAGAGAGUUCACACUGGGGAAAAGCCUUAUGAAUGUAAGGAUUGUGGGAGAUCCUUUAGCCAGAAUUCAUACCUCUCUAAACACCGGAGAGUUCACACAGGAGAAAGACCUUAUGAGUGCAGUGAAUGUGAGAAAUCUUUUACUUCUGUCUCUGCCCUUGGCUAUCAUCAGAGAGUUCACACUGGAGAACGGCCUUAUAAGUGUAGUGACUGUGGGAAAUCUUUUACCAAUAGCUCAAUACUCAUUCGACAUCGGAGAGUUCACACAGGAGAAAGGCCUCAUGAGUGUAGUGACUGUGGGAAAUCCUUUACCCAAAGAAUUCACCUCAUUAUUCACCGGAGAGUUCACACAGGAGAAAGGCCUUAUGAGUGCACUGAAUGUGGGAAAUCUUUUACCUCUCGUUCCACCCUUCAUUAUCAUCAGAGAGUUCACACAGGAGAAAAGCCUUAUGAUUGCAAUGAAUGUGGGAAGUCUUUUAGCCGAAAAUCUAACCUCUCUCAGCACCAGCGAGUUCACACUGGAGAAAGGCCUUAG